AUGGAUGUUGAAAUCGUUGAAUAUCACCUUUUUAAUUUUGGAUUUGUUGAGGACUAUUUUGUUUGGGAGUAUCAAGGGGAAAAAGAUGUGAUCGGUGAGAUAGCUUCUGGUAAUGAUUUGCAUGAUGGUUAUCAACCUGAAUCGGGAUUCGAUAAUCCAUACCGACAAAUGGUCUUGGAUGCAGCUGGACCCAACUUUGGUCAGGGUUCGAGUUCGCAAUCUUAUAGCAAUAUUGAAGUUGAUUCUUCUCAUCCUUAUGAACCUUCAAUAGAGGAGGAGCCUAAUCCUUCAAUGGAGGAGGAGCCUAAUCCCGAGUCCCAAAGAUUUUACAAUUUGCUACUAGCUGCUGAUGAAAAAUUAUAUCCCGGUUCUUCUCUCUCUCAGCUUGCAGUAGUCUCUAGAAUGUUAAAUAUUAAAAUGGAGAAUACUUUGUCACAGAGAGGUUAUAACCAAAUGAUACAAUUGUUGAAAGACGCUUUACCUGAAGAUAACAAAGUGCUUGAUAGCUAUUAUCAGACUAAGAAACUAGUGCGUAGUUUGGGUUUGCCAGUUGAAAAAAUUGAUUGUUGUGAUUCAGGAUGUAUGUUGUAUUGGGGUGAUGAUGAACACCUUACAUCUUGUAAAUUCUGUGGUAACCAGAGGUAUAAGCGUCGUGUCGGCUCUCGUAAGAGGAAAUUGGUCCCUUACAAGAAAAUGUAUUAUUUUCCUUUGAUUCCUAGAUUGAAAAGAUUAUAUGCAUCCCAUGCUACAGCUGCCGACAUGAGAUGGCAUCAUGAGCAUACACAAGAGGAUGGGGUAAUGCGUCAUCCAUCAGACUCUGAGGCUUGGAAGAACUUCAAUGAAACUCAUUCUUUUUUUGCUGCUGAACCAAGGAAUGUAAGGUUAGGGUUAUGUACUGAUGGUUUCCAACCGUUUAGUCAAUCUGGGAGGAAAUACUCUUCGUGGCCAGUGAUUGUCACCCCAUACAAUUUGCCUCCAGGAAUGUGUAUGAAAGAGGCAUAUAUGUUCUUAACUGUCAUUGUUCCUGGGCCAAACAAUCCCAAACAUAAAAUUGAUGUUUAUCUGCAACCUCUAAUAAAGGAAUUGACUUUGUUGUGGGAGACAGGUGUAGAAGCAUUUGACAUCUCGAAAAAGCAAAACUUUCAACUGUGGGCAGCUUUGAUGUGGACAAUCAGUGACUUCCCAGCAUAUUCUAUGUUAUCAGGAUGGAGUACUGCGGGCAAGUUAGCAUGUCCUUAUUGUAUGGAGGAAACACAAUCCUUUAGAUUACAACAUGGCAGGAAAACAUCUUGGUUUGAUAGUCAUAGAAUGUUCCUUGACCAACAUCAUCCUUUUAGGAGAGAUCGUAAAAACUUUCUCAAAGGUAAGACUGUCAAAAGACUAUCACCACUCUAUAGAACAGGAGAGGAAAUUUUGAACCAAAUUUGUGACUUGGGGAUAAGGAAAGUAACAGAGUUAGAUGCACAGGAAGUUAAUCAGAGAAUAUGUAAGUCUUGUGGAUGGAAAAAGCGAAGCAUAUUUUGGGAUUUGCCUUAUUGGAGUUCUAACAUGAUUCGACAUAAUCUUGACGUCAUGCAUAUUGAAAAAAAUGUCUUUGAUAAUAUAUUUAAUACAAUUCUUAAUAUUGAUAACAAAACCAAAGACAAUCUACAAUCACGUCAAGAUAUGGUAAAUUACUGUGAUCGACCACAGUUGGCAAAGGACACUAGUGGAAAAUAUCCAAAAGCUAUAUAUACAAUAGCUAAGGAAGAAAGAGUUAUCUUGUUCAAUUGGGUCAAGGGUUUGAAGUUUCCAGAUGGAUAUGUUUCGAAUUUGGGUAGAUGUCCAGACACAAAUGCGAAAAGAUUAUUUGGCAUGAAAAGUCAUGAUUGCCAUGUGUUCAUGCAACGACUAAUGCCUAUUGCUUUUCGUGAACUGCUUCCCAGUAAUGUGUGGCAAGCACUUACAGAAUUGAGCUUAUUUUUUUAA